GGACCCUUGGCUCGAGGACCGUCUUUCACGGAGGCCCCGCCGCCCUCCUCUUUGCGAGGCGAUACCGAGACUGCCCUCCCUGUGCGCGCGAACUGGCGCUCCCCCGCUCGCCCUGGCUCGAGGGCCGAUGGCCGAGAAGCGGGCGGGCGCCUUCGGCGGCGCCUCGCGUGCGCGCGCGCGUGCCAAAUGGGCCGGCGGGAGCGCGCCCGGCGCAGCCGCAGCCGCGGGCGGCGGCGUGAGCGCGGGCGCAGCCGAGGGCGGAGGCGCGGCAGCUCUGUCGGCAGCUCUGUCGGCAGCCAGGGCGGCGGCGGCGGCCCCAGGCGGUGCGGCUCGCCCUGCGCGGCGGAGCGGCUGCGGUGGACCCAGGCGCAGGCGCACGCGCAGUACGUCGUGAGCACGCAGCAGGCUCUGCUUGGAGCGGCGGCCGCGCAGCAGCCGCGAGCGCUGGACCCUCGGCUGCACCCGCUGCUAGGGCGGUGGAUGGGGCGUGACGGGACCCGCUACCAGCUCACCGAGGACACGCCGUCCAGCCUCACCGUCACGACGGUUCGGCCCGACGGCCAGCGGCGGACGACCAGGGGCCUCAUCUCGAACACUGGAAGACGGCCUGGUCAUGAACUCUCGGAGGUGCGCGCGGGCUUCUUGGCUUGGCGCGGGCCCCCCCUCCCGCCGCCAGCGCGCUACGCGCGCCACGGAAGGGAUGUGGGGGAAGCGGGUCCAGCGCCGACUCGGCAAGUCCCCGCGGACCUACGAAUUCUCAUGUGCACGUCGUCUCUUUCGGUCUUCUGGCAUCAGCGUGGCCAUCGACGCCAUGGUGCGCUGGGGCCGGAAGGGUCAGUACUACCUGGAGGAGUCUGGGCUGCCGCUGAACGCGGUGUGGUGCGAGGCACGCCUGCUCCGGACGAACGAGAUGCCUACCAAGCACGUUGUCUUCGACUGGGCGCGUGAGGGCCAUGGUGCCGCCGAGCACCAGCGCGGGCGGGACCGCUCGUGCCCGCCUGCGCGCGGGUUCGGCCGGGCAAGCGGCUCGAGCAGCAGGAGCCGCAGGAGGCGCCGGGCGGGGUGAGCGCAGCUCGGUGGCAGCCUGGCGGAGGCGGCGGAGCUGGCAGGACCCGAGGACAGGGCUGGAUCUAAAAGCUGUUUUGUUGGACUUGGGCUGUGUUUUGUUUUUCGUUUUGGCAGGGCGGUACAGGAGAACAGGUAGAGCAAAACGAAAAACAAACGAACGCAAAACGAAAUGCAACGUUUAGGUCCAGCUCUGCCUGAGGACGCUCUAGUGCGAUUCAGUGGGAUGCUCUCGCACGCAGCGGGCAGGUGCAGGAGAAGCAGUUGAGGAAAAGGUAACCAUAUCGCUACCCUUCGCCUGUUUUCCUUUUUCUGGGGGCCUCCUGGGAGGCCCUCGUCGCCACCGCUGGAUUCGCCUUGAAGUUCUGGUCAGAACGCACCCCUGGAGAGGUCCUAGGAGUAGUGGUAUCGGUACCUACCCGAGGACCAGGGACCUGAGGAUGCUCUAGUGCGAUUCAGAUGCGAUUCAGUGUGGUGCUCUCGCGCGCAGCGGGCAGGUGCAGGAGAAGAGGCGGAUCUGCAAGGCGCAUGUGCAGGUGCAGGUCGUCCUUAGACCUCGUCCUGAUUCUCGAGGCAGGAGAUGGUGGUGAAUGUCGAGGGCCUGUUGGCUUGGCUGUAUUCGGCUUUCGAUACUAACCUGACGUGCCGUUCGGUGCCUGACGCUUCGACUCAUGGGGAUAAGGAUGGGUAGUUCGACAACAUUUCCGCACGCUGGUGCAGGCGCAGAGCUUGGAAGUGGUAAUGGUACUUCGAGCAGAGCAGGAGGAGAUCGACAUGAUGUACAUGCAGCGGUCAUAGAACGGCAUUGGCAGGUCUGGCCUGCACGCCAUCACAUUAGUUUUUUUUCCUGCCGUUGAAUAGAGUGCAGGCUAAGAGGGAGACGGAAAAGGCAA